ACAGAUUUAAGUAUUUUCACAUCACUAGCGUAGUUUUCUAAAUUGUCAGAGGGAUACUACCACUGUUUCUACAUUAUUUCAAUAAUACCACACUUCUUAUUCGGCGGAGAAAAUGUCGAGGCUGCAGGGGAAGGUAGUUGUCUGGAGACCGUUGAGGCAGGCAAGCCACUAUUAGUGGUGUUCAAUGACAAACUUAUGGACAUUCACCAGCUAGAGCUGGCCAGACAGCUACACCAAUAGCUACUGUACUUCACUGCCAGCAAUCUCACUGAGACCUUGAGGACGAUGGACCUUUCGGUUCUCUCACCCUUCAUACCUAGACAACCAAAUAAUUUUGCCACUUUCCUGGACAAGGCCCUUGGUGUUCAAUGAUUCCAGCGCAGGGAAAUAUCUGAGGUCGACUCUGUGUUCUUUUAUGGUCUCUGGAGAUGUUUUCACUCUGAAACUCUCCUCAUCUUUGAGAUGAACUGGCGGUGGGGUUGAACAGAGGGAAGCCUGGGCCCCAGGUUCUCCUAUCAGCAUGCAGAGCAAACGCCAGAAUGCGACGUCAGUCUAUGCAAGACUUUAAGAUUAAGAGUUUGUUGAAAGGUCUGGCCAUGUUCUAUUUCAUCUAGUUGAAGACAGGCUGAUUAGGCAUUAGAUGCUGACUUUUUAAUGUUGGAAGGGGUAUGUUUUCAACUUCAAAUGAUAGGAAAGACACUCUCGGAUGUAGAUACAGGGUAUUGUAACUCUAAUUUCUAUGAUUUGUUAUGAACAGAACAACUUAAAAAUAUGUAUAAUUUGAUGUGCUGUUUGGUGUGCUGUUCAUAUAUGCUGUUGUCUCGAUUAUACUGUUGUUGUUUGAAGUGUAAUUAAGCUUCUCCUUCACUCCUCGUGACACUGGUCAGCACACUGUAAUAAGGCUGGCAUAGACAGCAGUGGGGUUGCACUCUGACAUGAAAACAAACACCACAUCCUGUUCAGAUGGAGAUUAGCACAGAUGGAGAAAGCAGCCUCCAAAAUUAUAGGAUCAAAGUUGUGAAGCCAACCAGAGAAGAGGGCACUCCUGUGAAAUCACAAUUCAUAUUAUGACUUCAUAACCAUGUUUCCAAUGAUUCCAAUCCAUGGAAUGUUUCUCAAAAAGCUUUCGUGACUUUAGGCUUCUCAUUAUCGCAAGUGACUCCGGUUCCUCAGCUUCCUGAGUGAUGUUCAUCUGUAUUAAACAUGGAGACAAUGAGCAGUUUCUGGCCAACACCAACUGCCCCGUGGUUCUCCUGCUGCAGUACAUGAGAGCUAAGAUGGGCCUGCCGGAGACAGAGCUGGUGGAUCUGUGUGAUGACCGUGGGGCUCUGAAGCUUCUCUUUCUGUCCCAGCAGCCUCAGGAGUGUGCCAGCCGACUACUUCCUCCCCGCUGCUCCCUCACAUUCUGCAUUGUUAAUCGAAACCCAAAGGAUGGUGCCUAUAUUUCUAUCACCCCCUUAGUGGCCAACCCAGACCCUGCAUUUCUGGAGACUCUGCAGACUCAGACUGACAGCCUGGAGAGGGCUCGUCUCAGACAGCUCCGCUCUCAGGAGGACCGCAGAGCCACGGAGGCGCCCUCUCAGACCCAACCCACACAAACCGCUAAGGGCCGGGGCCGUGCGGUACAUAUGGACACCCCUGAUGAUGAACCCUCCAAUCGCCGAACUGGAGGCAGGAGGAGCAGGAACUGAAAGAACCUAUCAAUUUUACAAUAAUUGGUGUGCAUAUAAAUUUUGAAAUGUAAUAAAGUGGACACUGAAUCUAUCUAAGUCUACGCCAGCCAAUGGUCAUUAGUGUUGAAUAAUACGGUGAUCAAAAUAGAAAUAUGACUAGAUCUAAAUAGAAAUCUGUUAUACAAUCGCUACGCUCCCAUGUCUAAUACGCUUUAUGUUCUGAAAGGAAGAUAGUUUUAACAUGGUCCCUUGAAGUUAAGCGAUAGAUGAUGUCACCUUCUGCUUCUGUGAUUGGUGGGUAUGAAUACCUGUUCCUUACCAAGCUUUACCAGUUGGGAUAAUUGGAUGGAAAUGACUGAAUUGGGAUAAAUAUAUUUAGAAAGGGUGCGAAAUCGUGACUGAAGCUCUGACAUCAGUGUUUAUUUUCCAAGAGUAAGAGUUAUGUUAUGUGUAUUUUAAUCUUGCUUUGCUCAACAGGUGUUGAGGUGUUGUUGCAAUAAUUAUGUGUCUUGCAAUAUGUUCAACAUGCACAAUUUACUUUUGAAGGCUUUAUCAGAAUUUAAUUUAUCUUGAAAUUAAUUUCCCUUGACCAGUGAGGGAUCUUAAUUUAGAGGUGGUAUUUUUGGGCUAUCUGCCAGAGGGACUGAAUGAGGGGUGUGACAGUGUGCCAUUCUCUUUUCUGAAGGUUUAUUUAGCCACCUCUGGUGGGUGGCCUGGCACUUUGAAACAGGACGUUGUGGGUUAAAUGCCAGCAGGUGGUUCCUCCCAGUGUUUGUGGUGUACCAUCUUCUAAAUUAUGUACAAAGCCUGGGUCAGAUGGUUUUAAUACCAGAUAACUUCCCUUCCUAGAAUCACUGGAUUAUUUUCUUAAUGUAUGUCUGUGGAAGGCCUAAUAACGUUUGAGGAACAAAGGCCUUCGGGAUUUUGUGAUGAAGUUCCAUUUGAAGUUUAGUUUUCAUUUCAUUUCAACUGGUUUUUACCCAAACUGAAACAAGUACUGUACUUGUUUGGUCCUUUCCAAAGUGAUUACCUCAAGAAAAGGAAGAAGGAGGCAUGUUAUAAGUAUUUGAAUAGGGCCACUGUCAGGCCAUACAGCUGUGUCUUGCAGAUGGCCUAACCACUUGCUAAAUACUGUGGACAAA